AGCAGAUAGAAACGCGUCUCUCAGAUUUUUCAUUUCUUCUUCUUCUCGUUAUCGGAUCAGAGCCAUUGAUGGGUUCUGAGAUUUCUUGUUGAAAUACGAUUAGAUGAUCUGCUGUUUAUGUUAAUCCUUCUCAAAGUUUGAAUCUUUCCCGAGAAAAUUCGAGUUUGUUUUUUCUCUCCCAAACGCCGACACUGAGUAGGAAGGAUUAAAGCUCAAACCUUUACAUGAUUAAUGGUGGAUUGUAUUUGACAUGAAUUAGGAAAGAGAAAAAAGGAAGAAGAAUCUUUCUAUCUUCUCCAGAUUGUUUUGAUUAUGGAUACGACUUGUGGAGAGGGUAAAGAAGGCAAUGGAUGUGAGAGUAGUAAUAAUAAGGCUAUUGUUGUGAGUCUAAAGAGCAGUGAGGUUGAGGAGGAAGAGGAAGAAGAAGAAAGUGAGUCACAGUGUUUAUUGCCGCCUCCUAGGAAAGGAGGGAUGUCUAGAAGUACUGACAAGAUUAAGAGGACUGUCCAGUGGAAUGACAACAAAGGAGACAAUCUUGCUGAGGUUUUGGUUUAUGAACCAAGUGAAGUAAGCGAUGCAGAUGAAGAUGAUUCAGAUUCCUGCCUCUGCACAAUUAUGUAGUCCUCAACCAACCACCAUUUAACAUGGAGUUUUAACAAUGAGCUCGUCCUUUGUAUCUAGCUUCUUUUUAUGCAAUCAGUUCUUUUUGAGGACAGACGAACCAGCAGGCUUGUCUGCUUUGUGCUCAGGACUUGUAUCAAGAAGCCAGUUCAAAGGAGGGAUGUAGACUCACAUAAACUUAUACCAGAUCAUCACAUUUCAUUCACAGGAGUGAGAGUAUAUAUAGAUUAUAGAUUACUGCUGUAUUGUCCAAUAGAGAGGCUGGAGAUCUUUGGGAGUGCUGUUUGAUUUGAUGACAGGUUUUUGACAGUAAACUAUGUAUGUCUUUUACUGCAACACACAAGCUAAUUCAAUUGUAAGCAUGUGCA